UAAGAACACAAGUAAAUAAUAAUCAUUGACAAGAUCGCUUUUUACUGAUUCCUUGAAGUUUGAAAUACAGAAGGUUUUCAAAUUUUUACUUACUGAGUUCCAUACUUUGGAGCCCUUAAACCUUAUGUUGAAUAUUCCAUAAUUUGUAUAAUUUAUAUCCUACGAAGCAAUAAAAAGUUCAUGUCAGAACCUCUUUCCAUUGCUAUGGUAAAAAGCUCCAGCCCCUUCCCCUCCCCUCUCCUUUCCCCAGGUUUAAGCGUCCCCUGAACAAGACCAAUCCCAGGGCUAAUACUCGAAUUUUGUUUUAUCAUGUUAAAGACAAUUGUAUUCAUUUUUCAAAAUUAUGUCUUUCCAUCUAGGAUCUCCAAACAAUUCAACAGACCCUUCCGCUUUUGGGCGGUAUUACCAAUCAAUUGCUGUGGGACCAUUGGUUGUUUGGAGUGUCCUUCACAGUCUUAUCGCUGUCUUCAUUAUUUUGUCAAAUACACUUGUCAUCAUCUCCUUUACCAAGAAUGCCAAUUUGCGCACGCGCACCAACUGCCUUAUAGCAAGCCUUGCUGUGGCAGACUUCCUUGUUGGCCUCGUUUCUGUGCCCGGUUGGCUCGUGCUCAUUUACAGAGAAGACGAUCAGAGUUCUACUUGGUAUAGUACUGUCAUGGAAAUAUGGUACGUCUUUGAGAUACUUGGUGGAGUGGGUUCGAUCUUCCAUCUGAUGGCCCUGAGCUGGGACCGACUGUGCGCGAUUGUUUGGCCGCUGAGGCAUCGCUCAUACACCAAAACAAAGUAUCUGGUUAUGAUCUUUAUGACAUGGUCACUCGCAUCGCUCGUGUCGGGACUCUCUGUCACUGGAAACAGGGUUUCGCCGCAAGCGUACAACAUGUCCGUCAUAUGCCUAUGCUUUUUCUUGCCACUUGUUCUGAUCUUCGUGGCACAAGGAAUAACUCUCAUUACCAUAAAACGAAACACAGCAAAAUUCAGCCAUAACUCCACCCUGAAGCGGGACGUCAGAGCGGCUAAAACAAUCGCCAUCAUGAUAGGCUUGUUUCUGAUUGGCUGGCUGCCGUUCUUCUCCUUAGGGUUAGUGCGAUAUGUGCAUGAUGACUUUUCAGUGCUACCCGCACACGCCAUUUUUGCUGUCAAGUUGUUGCAAUACAGCAACUCGCUUUUCAACCCUAUUCUGUACGGGCAAAAAUUCCCGGAGUUCAGGAAGGCUUACAUAAAGAUCUUAUGUUCCGACAGGGGUUACAACGAAGCUAAGCGAUCUGGGACUAGUUCUUUCGCCAAAACAAACAAGUCUCGAACCUCUACAUCCACGCUACACACGUCGUGUCCUCCGCCACCAAGGUCACCGCGCUUAUUACUUGAAUCAAUCAGGAAAGGUGACGAGCGGCCCCAUGACACAUCAGAGGACAGUGCGUUGUUGCGUAUGGUUAGUGGAUUGUAAGACCACUUGACAAGCUUUUGGUCAGCAAAUCGUCCUUUGGCUUGAUUUAAAAUAGAAUUCGUUUCAUACGAAAAUAUUUUACUUUUAAUGAAUGAGUGUAAAGUUCCUAAAAACACGGACGGACUGGCAUUGAAACAAGUUUAAGCGGAGACUGUACUAAUGUGUUUUUUUCAGAGGAGGUUAAGCCACUUGUUUCAAUGGAAUUAUUCCUCGUCCCCACUGACUAGGGAAAGUUGGAAGCGCUUCCUGGAUUACUCGGAUUUUAAAUUGGAUAAAAGACUUCUCAUAUAUCUUCUCAUUACUGGUUAAAAAACAUUGAAAUCAUAAGUUAUAGUGUGAAUAAAUAUAUCAAAUGCUAUAGGUAAAAUAAAAUAUAUAAAAUACUAUAGAGAAACCCAUAGGGUAAAUUCUAAGUCCAGUAAACACAUUUUUUUCU